GGGCAUUUAAGAGAGCAGUAGGUGGGAGUGGAGUCUGACCGCAGAGGGUCCACUGCUUAACAGAAAGGGAAUUCUCUCUUUCACACAUUCACCCACUCUGCACUGCUCUCGCUCUUUCUCUGUCUCUCUCUCCCUUUCUCUCUCUCCUCACCAGCUGAACAUCAUCCGGCUCUCUAGGUAGUAGACUUGAGUAAACAGUCUGACAGAAUCACGAGAAGAGGGAAGAUGAUAGAGCUGUCAGCACUCUGAAUGACCGUCCAGGCUGGCUGAUAGAGCGCUGUCCGUGCAGCAUCUCUCCAUCUCACACUGAUCAAUCAGAGGACAGGCUGUGAAGUCUUCUAAAGAAUAAAUCCAACAAAAUUUGAUCACCUCCAUUCUCCAUUCAGCUGCUGUUCAUCAGAAGGUGCAGUUCCCGGUUGUCAUCAUGGGGAUGAGAGGCACCCUCAUAGGCUGUAUGUCCUUAGCCCUUCUCCUCCAGUUCUCCAAUGCCGGACUGGUCAAGAAGAUCAUCCGUCACCGUAGAGAAACCCUAGUGCCCAAGAAAAGCCUGGAGAACCUCACUCUUCCCCAUCCAGACCAGCCAGUUGUGUUCAACCAUGUGUACAACAUUAACAUACCCUCCACGUCCCUCUGCUCUGUGGAUCUCGACUCCCCUGGAGGAACAGAGCUCAGACACAAGGGUGCCUCGUUCGAUAUGCGCAACACCGAACACAUGGAACACACAGUGGAUGGUGACAACCAGAUCGUUUUCACCCACCGUAUCAAUAUCCCCAAGCAGGCAUGUGGCUGCAACAACCAGCUGCCAGACAUCAAAGAUAUCCUGAACAGGCUGGAGAUGCUGGAAUCUGAACUGUCGAGUCUAAGGGAGCAGUGCAGCAGUGGAACCGGCUGCUGUGGAGCUCAAGUUACAGGCGAAGUGUCCACAAAGCCGUACUGUAAUGGCCGUGGGAACUGGAGUACGGAAACCUGUGGUUGUUUAUGUGAGCCAGGAUGGAAGGGUCCCAAUUGCACAGAACCCGAGUGCCCCAAUGACUGCCAGGACCAGGGCCGCUGUGUGGAUGGCAAAUGCGAAUGCUUUGAGGGCUUUGGUGGGGAUGACUGCAGUAUUGAGCUCUGCCUACUGGACUGUGGUGACUAUGGUCACUGUGUUGAUGGAUCUUGUCUCUGUGAAGAAGGUUUCAUUGGUCAAGACUGCUCUCAGACCAACUGCCUAAAUAACUGUCUCGGCCGUGGCCGCUGCGUGGAGGAUGAGUGUGUCUGUGAUGAGCCGUGGACAGGCUUCGACUGUUCUGAACUUAUCUGUCCAAACGAUUGCUAUGACCGUGGACGCUGUGUCAAUGGAACCUGCUUCUGUGAUGAAGGAUACACUGGAGAAGACUGCGGGGAGCUCAUGUGUCUUGGCAACUGCAAUAACCGUGGCAUAUGUGUAAAUGGUCAGUGUGUAUGUCACACUGGCUACAGUGGUGAAGACUGCUCAAAGCUAACCUGCCUCAACAACUGCAAAGAGAGAGGCCACUGCUUCAAUGGGAAGUGCAUCUGUGAUCCAGGAUUUGAGGGAGAAGACUGCUCCUACAUCUCAUGCCCUGACAACUGCAACAACAGAGGCAAAUGUGUUAAUGGAGAGUGUCUAUGUGACAUUGGAUACCAAGGGGAAGACUGUGGGGAACUCUCUUGUCCUAAUAAUUGCUUGGACCAUGGCCAGUGCAUAAAUGGAGUGUGCAUAUGUGACAAAGGGUAUACAGGAGAAGACUGCCAUAUCAAGACCUGUCCAAAAGACUGCAUGGGACGCGGAGAGUGUGUGGAUGGACAGUGUGUUUGUCAUGAAGGCUUUACUGGUGAGGACUGCAGUGAGAAGACGUGUCCAAACAACUGCCUGGGCCAAGGCCACUGUGUAAACGGACAAUGCAUUUGUCAUGAAGGCUUUACUAGUGAAGACUGCAGUGAGAAGACCUGUCCCAACAACUGCCUGGAACGUGGCCGCUGUGUAAACGGACAAUGUAUUUGUCAUGAAGGCUUUACUGGUGAGGACUGCAGUGAGAAGACCUGUCCCAACAACUGCCUGGAACGUGGCCGUUGUGUAAAAGGACAAUGCGUUUGUCAUGAAGGCUUUACUGGUGAGGACUGCAGUGAGAAGACCUGUCCUAACCACUGCCUGGGCCAUGGCCACUGUGUAAACGGACAAUGCAUUUGUCAUGAAGGCUUUACUGGUGAAGACUGCAGUGAGAAGACCUGUCCUAACCACUGCCUGGAACAUGGCCGCUGUGUAAAUGGAGAGUGUAUUUGUGAUGAAGGCUUUACUGGUGAAGACUGCAGUGAGAAGACCUGUCCCAAUAACUGCCUGGAACGUGGCCGCUGUGUAAAUGGGGAGUGUAUUUGUGAUGAAGGCUUUACUGGCGAGGAUUGCAGUGAUAAGACCUGUCCCAAUAACUGUCUGGACCGUGGCCGCUGUGUAAAUGGAGAGUGUAUUUGUCAUGAAGGCUUUACUGGUGAAGACUGCAGUGAUAAGACUUGUCCCAGCAAUUGUCUAGAAAGAGGUUAUUGCGUGGAUGGCAACUGUUUAUGUUAUGAAGGCUUCAGUGGCCUAGAUUGUUCCAUAUUGACCUGCCCAGGGGACUGCCAGAACCAGGGACGCUGUGAGAAUGGAGUGUGUGUUUGCGAUGAGGGUUUCAUUGGGGAAGACUGCUCUGAGGUGUCUCCCCCAAAAGACCUAACCGUGGUGGAAGUCACUCCAGAGAUGGUGGACCUGUCCUGGCAGAAUGAGAUGCGAGUGACCGAGUACCUGAUCACCUAUGUGCCCACAGCCCCUGGAGGUCUAGAGUUGGAUCUACGGGUGCCUGGAGACCAAAAGAUGGCUACAAUUCGAGAGCUUGAACCCGGUGUGGAGUACCUGAUUAGUGUCUAUGCAGUUCUCAGCAACAAGAAGAGUGUUCCUGUCAGUGCAAGGGUAGCAACACAUCUUCCUGCGCCUGAGGGCCUCAAGUUCAAAUCAGUCCGUGAGACGUCUGUGGAGGUGCAGUGGGACCCACUUGAUAUUCCCUUCGACGGCUGGAACCUCAUAUUCCGAAAUACUAAAGAGGAGGAUGGUGAGAUUCUUAAUUCCCUCAGCCGUCCAGAGACCACCUUUGAGCAGUCAGGUUUGGGCCCUGGCCAGGAGUAUGAGGUCAAACUGGAAGUACUGAAGAACGGGAAGCGUGGACCACCAGCUUCCAAGAAUAUUAUUACAAUGAUUGAUGCCCCGGGCCAAGUGAAUGUACGUGACGUGACCGACACCACAGCUUUGGUGACCUGGUUCCACCCUGUGGCUGAGGUGGACGGGGUCAGCAUCUCCUUUGGGCCCAGCUUGUAUCCUGCCAGUCGAAAUGCGGUGGAGCUGUCCUCGACUGACACCCAGUACCAUCUGGGAGGCCUCAACCCUGACACCCAGUACGAGGUGACUCUGACAGCCUGGAAGGGAAAACGGACCAGCGUUCCUGUCCACAAGUCCUUCCUCACAGACCUGGACGCCCCCAGAGACCUGCAGACGGUAGAGCUGACAGAUGAGAGCAUCACUCUUCAGUGGAAGAACAGCCAAGCUCAGGUGGACAACUACCGUAUCAAGUAUGGCCCUCUUUCUGGAGGUGAGCACAGAGAGCUGCUCUUCCACCCGGGGCCAAAAGACACCACCCAUGCCAAGAUUACAGGCCUGAGGCCCGGCACGGAGUACGGGAUGGGUGUGACAGCUGUGAAAGACGAGCGGGAGAGCCUGCCUGCGACCACCAAUGCAGUCACUGCCCUGGAUGCUCCCAAGGAUCUGAUUGUUGCAGAAGUGACGGAGACCACCAUGGUGCUGGAGUGGAGACGUCCUCUGGCCAAACUAGACUCGUACAAGCUGGUUUGCAUCUCAGCCGAUGGCCACAAGUUUGAAGUUGUUGUCCCUGGCAGCAUGGAGUCGCACACCUUGAAGGGUCUGAUGCCCGGUAUGCUGUACACCAUCAGCAUCACCGCUGAGAGGGGUCGCAGGAGCAGUGUGCCGGCCACCAUCUCAGCACCGACAGAAGAGGAGAAGCCUUUGGUGACCAAUGUCACCGUCAGCGACGUGAUGUGGGAUAGCUUCUUGCUGUCCUGGUUUGCAGCGGAUGGGGCAUUCGAAGGCUUUCUGGUCGAGGUUACCGAUGCAGAGACGGGCGCUGAGUGGCAAAACCACACAAUGCCCGCCAAUGCUCGCAGCCUCACCAUCGUUGGCCUCUCGCCCAACACCUGGUACAGGGCCAACCUAUACGGGGUGUACAGGGGAGCGCUCUUAGACCCAGUCUUUGCAGACACCAUCACAGAGGCUGAACCAGAGGUGGAGGCUCUCCUGGUCUCUGAGGUCACCCCGGAGAGCUUUAGGUUGACCUGGAUGGUUGUAGAAGAUGUCUUUGAUGUCUUUGUCAUAAUGGUCAACCAGGCUCAGGACCUAAGCCAACCACGGGAGCUGGUGCUGGAUGGAGAGGAGCGAAGCGUGGAGGUCACUGAUCUCACCGAGGACACAGAGUACAAAGUUGUGAUCUUUGGGGUUGUUCUGGAGCGAAGCUCCAAGUCAAUAACCAAGGUGGUGCGAACAGACCUGGGCCCGCCCAAGGGAAUCCGGUUCUCUGACGUCACCGAUACUUCAGCCACCGUUCACUGGAUGGUUCCCCGAGCUCGAGUAGACAGCUACAGGGUCACCUUCAUUCCUGCUCACGGAGGAAGCGCUAAGACACUGAUGGUGGAUGGCUCUGAGUCACAGACGGUGUUAUCCAACCUGACACCCGGGGUCACCUACCAGGUCACCAUUGUAGCUGUAAAGGGUCAAAGGGAGAGUGAUCCUGGUUCAGACAGCGUUGCCACAGCUCUGGAUAAGCCCCGCGGUCUAACUGCAGUCAACAUCACAGAUGGUGAAGCUCUGCUGCUGUGGCAGCCUGCCAUCGCUACUGUGGACGGUUAUGUCAUCACCUACAGCGCAGACACGGUGGCUCCUGUGAUGGAACGAGUUUCAGGAAAUGUGGUGGAGUUUCACAUGAGCUCUCUGACACCAGCAACACGCUACACCGUGAAGGUCUACACUGUGAGAGAUUUGGCCAAGAGCACAGCCACGACAACUGAGUUUGCCACCGAUGUGGAUGCACCCCGUGACCUGGCAGCCAGUAACAUUCAAACAGAGAAUGUCCUGUUAACCUGGAGGCCGCCUCGCGCUGACAUCACCGGAUACAUCCUCAGCUUUGAGUCCGCAGAUGGCAUAAUUCGGGAGGUAGUUUUGGGUCCCAAUGCUGUUUCUUACAGCAUGACUCAGCUCAGCGCCUCUACAGAGUACACAGUCAGGCUGCAGGCUAUCGCUGGUCCCAAGAGAAGCAAAGUCAUCCGCACAGUCUUCACCACCACUGGUGUGCUGUACAGACACCCCAGGGACUGUUCCCAGACUCUGCUGAAUGGUGACACCUCGUCAGGUCUUUACACCAUCUACCUGGCUGGGGAUGAAAACCAGCCCCUCCAGGUCUACUGCGACAUGACCACCGAUGGAGGCGGAUGGAUAGUUUUCCUCCGACGCCAAAGUGGUAAAGUAGAGUUUUUCCGCAACUGGAAGAACUACACUGGUGGUUUUGGUGACAUGAAUGAUGAAUUCUGGCUUGGUCUGACCAGCCUACAUAAGAUCACAGCAGGGGGUCAGUAUGAGCUCCGGGUCGACCUCAGAGAUAAAGGAGAAGCUGCCUACGCUCAGUACGACAAGUUCUCCGUUUCGGAGCCUCGCACUCGUUACAAAGUCCACGUAGGAGGAUACAGCGGGACUGCAGGUGACUCAAUGACCUACCACCACGGACGUCCAUUCUCCACUUAUGACCAUGACAAUGACAUCGCUGUCACCAACUGUGCACUGUCCUACAAGGGAGCCUUCUGGUAUAAAAACUGCCACCGUGUCAACCUGAUGGGCCGAUAUGGAGACAACAGCCACAGCAAGGGUGUCAACUGGUUCCACUGGAAAGGUCACGAGCACUCCAUCGAGUUUGCAGAGAUGAAAAUUAGGCCGUCCAACUUUAGAAACCUGGAGGGAAGGAGGAAACGAUCGUAAAUGGUACAAAUCGCCAACAAAUAACAUCAACGGCACUGCUACUACUCUGUCUGGACUUCCCAUCAACCACCUCAACCGCGCCACCAAACCACCUGCAGCUACCAAAGGCCACUGCCAAGAGCCCUGCUGCCAUCACGCACACAGUCACACCUCCCUCCCAUUCCACUUCCACUUCCCUCAGUGAUGCUGCUGUGCACAAAUGCUGACAGCGUGGAAACCCGCGUGCAUGCUAAAGGUCCACACAGCUUCGACUCGCGCACCAAAGACCACAAACAAGGUUGUCACACCUGACGCUCUCUUCCACUGCAGCAUUUGUCGGGAGGUUUGUGUGCGUGCGUGCGUGGGUGUGCUCGUGUGUGUGCAGCUUGGGCAUAAUGUUGUGCUCAUUAAUUAAUACAGUUCACCAUUUCACACUGAAGCCACGUUUUGGGGUUUUGCAGAAAAGACCGACUGUUUACUUGAUGCACGUGGUGGUGUUUAGGUUCAGGGCAUUUUUUUUUUUCUAGCCCAGAAUUGCUAAAUAUUAUAACAGUACAACUGGUUUAUCAUAUAAAUUAUAUUCCUUGUACAGUAUGGGUACGUUUGAUUUUUUUCCCCCCUCAGAUGUCAGAUAUCUCCAUCCAACAUUGUCUUUUGUUUGUCUUUGUGCAACUUGAUAGUCCCAGUGUCAUUUUAUCUCCCCACCUCCAUCAUUUCAUCUGUCCAUUCUUCACAAAUCAACUUCAGAAGUCACAAGCCACAAAACCAACAAAUGCCCACAUGGUGGCAGCGUUUCCAUUAUCAUAUGAGUCCCUCGGCAUCAUGCUGCAGCCACAGUAUUGUCAUUGAAACAGUUGAACAGAGAAAAGAAAAGAUUUCAUUGGAUGAAUCUGAGGCAGGACCUAUUGUUAUUCAGUAUAAAUCAAAAUGGGCUGAUUCCUUUUUUUUUCCUCCAAAAUGUGAAUACAGUGCUUAUAUGUGGUACAAGAGAAUGUUAUGUGUUGUUGAUACAAAGUUGUUGAUGCUGAAAACAAACAAACAAAAAAAUUUUUUCAAUUGAGUUCCUGUGGAAAUAAUUUUUUUAUGCUUGUGUUGUUAAAUACGGGGCAGGCCAAAAUUAGAGAAGUUCCAGUUUCACACCCUCGUCCUCCGUUAGUGCAGGAUACUAAACCACUGACCUUCUGAAGAAUGCCUGUGUAAAUUAAGUUUGUUUCUAUUGUUCGGUUUGUUUAUGUCUGGAUGAAUAACGUGUUUCUCUCUAAACUGUAUUACAAUAAAACAGUUUGUUUAAAAGUAA